CCCUGCAGCCAGGGGUGUGGCCUACAGAGCUGGUGAUACAGCUUGAAGCUAGGUUAAGUCAGCUGCCUCACCGUACAGGGCUGAGGGUUUGGAAGAUAAGGUGCUGCUGCUACUGCUGGGUUGAGGACUGGCUGGUUUCAGUGAAGGGCACAGAGCUAAAACGGUUCAGCGCGGUCAGCACGAUGACUGAUGGGGACUAUGAUUACCUCAUCAAGCUCCUGGCUCUGGGGGACUCUGGAGUAGGGAAGACUACGUUUCUCUACAGGUACACAGACAACAAGUUCAACCCCAAGUUCAUCACCACGGUGGGAAUAGACUUCAGGGAAAAGAGAGUGGUGUACACAACGUCGGGCCCCAAUGGAACCACAGGGAAGACCUUUAAAGUUCACCUCCAGCUCUGGGAUACGGCUGGACAGGAGAGGUUCAGGAGUCUAACCACAGCCUUCUUCAGAGAUGCCAUGGGCUUCCUGCUCAUGUUUGACCUCACCAGCCAACAGAGCUUUCUGAACGUCCGCAACUGGAUGAGCCAGCUGCAGGCCAAUGCUUACUGUGAGAACCCAGACAUUGUGUUGGUGGGCAACAAGGCAGACCUGGCGGACCAGAGAGAGGUGCAGGAGAAGCACGCUAAGGAACUAGCCGACAAGUACGGGAUCCCGUACUUUGAGACGUCGGCAGCGACGGGGUCUGAGGUGGACAAGGCGGUCAUCACCCUACUAGACCUGGUCAUGAAGAGGAUGGAGCAGUGUGUCGACAAGCCCACCGCCGAGCCCGCCAACGGGGGAGGAACCGCCAAGCUGGAGGACGCUGCGCCUGACCAGAAGAAGUGUGCAUGCUAGACCUGGCCCCUCCCACGUCCCCUUCUCCCUACUCUGGUUGGUCCUCUAGUGCGCCCUCUGGUGGCCAGACACAGAAGGGCAGCAGCGUGGCCACAGCAUGACGUGUGAUGGGGCAGCUCAGUCAGCCACACUGCAAUGGGGCUGUGGUUCUGGUCUUGCAUGGCCUGUGUGUACUGUUCUGGACCUGGCUAUGUGUCUCUCCUGCCUGUCCUGUGUUGUGUUGUGUUGCGUCCCAAAUGUCACCCUGUUCCCUAUAUAGGGCAUUACUUUUGACCAGAGCCCAUAGGGUGUGCACUAUGUACAUUUACCUUGGACAUAAUGGACAACACAGCGGGACGAGGUAGAGCUGAGUUCAUUAUUUCCAAGUUAACGUACAGAACGGAGGCAUUUAUCCCGCUUAUACCACAGUUGCCAAACAAUACUAAAGCAUACAUUUUCUGGUAGAAAUGUUUUCAUAGAUAUUUUAAUUAAUUAAAAGUAAAUUCAUACUUUUUCAUCCUCCCAUCAAACCUGAUGGUUAGUCUGUUGCCAGGGAUGCGACCCAUCUGUUCAUUCUUUCUGUUCUACGUCUAUUGACGUUUUUAUCCGGUUGCCAUGCUGGCUUGCUUGCUAGCUAGACAACUAUUUUUAACACAAUCACGUCAACCUCUGCAGCCAGAAUAACAGCAAAGUAGCUGCAUUUGUGUUUGUUUAAGCUGUUUUUUGAAGUGACAUUCAUUGGAUACAUCCAUAACAGUGAGCUGAUGAUGCACGACUUUGGCAUUGAAAAGUUUGCGUUCUCGUCAGGACACUGUUCAUUAUGAGGAGAUCGCAUUGCAUAUUUACAUUUGAGUCAUUUAGCAGACACUCUUAUCCAGAGCGACUUGCAAUAGCAGUUAGGGUUAAGUGCCUUGCUCAAGGGCACAUUGACACAUUUUUCACCUAGUUAGCUCGGGGAUUCGAACCAGCGACCUUUCAGUUACUGGCCCAAUGCUGUUAACCGCUAGGCUACCUGCCACCCUUAUCGAACAUAUCAAGCACUAGGCUUGAAGCUAGCUAAACAGUUUGUUGCUAGCAAACAUGCCAAUAUGACAACCGAAUUCAACAAUGUCAGUUGCUGAAAACAUCUGGUCAAAAUAGAAAAGUGGGAGGGUUUGACAGCAUAGCGCCACUUGCGUCAUGAUUGCAACAUUGAAGGACUGGAGAAAUUCAUGUUCAUCCCAUCACUCACCACGUUAGGUCAUCAGAGGUCUCUGCAAAAUCAAAUGAAUGCCAGCUAGCUAGUUAGCUAAGUUUUUCCUCGUUGGACCUGCGUUUACAAUGUAUCCAAUAUGGGUUUGUGUGGUUGUUGGUUUAGCUUUUCUGUAACUUUGUACCAAGUACAGUCUGCAUGUUCAGUGCUUUUAUACUGCGUCAUGAUUAGGUGUCCCGUAUAUAUCUGUCCCAGAGACAUCCAACUGUCCUCUGUAUUUGUUUUUAAAUGCCCAUUCUAGAAUGCCCUUCUAGCCAAUCAGAAAGAAGUAUUCUACAGCGCUGUGGUAUAAAUAGGGAUUAGGGUGGCAUUUGGGACGAAAGCCCGGCCUACCGGAGGCCUCUGCUUUGUAAGACUUUGUAUCCCCAUGUUGUUUAGAAGUAUCUGUCCAAUCUAAUCUACUGCCUUGGCUUUUAAGGCCCCAUCCAUAUUGCAGUAACAAUAUUAUAUUAAUAAAACAUUUGACCAGUUAUUUAUAUAUGAUUUAGAUUUUGUUUUUGUUUUUGUUUAUUUAAAUUUAAGUUCUUAUUCUACAGUUGUUGUUUUUUUUUUUUUACUUUUUGUUUUAGAUUAGAUUAUUAUUAUAGUCAAUCUACUCCUUUAGAUUAUGGUUCAACACACUCAUUUACAGUAAAUGUAAUCCCCAAAUAACGGUACUUUUUUGACAACAGUGUAUAGCUAAAUGUGCAUAAAAGAGAGUAAAGGUAUGAUCAACUUUAUCAUAUUGUAAUAUCACUCAGUCAAUACUGAGAUUAUACUACUGUCAGGAAAAUGCAUUGCCAAGCAGUAAAUAUCUCAUUGAUGAUAACUGCUGUUGGUCUGUUUGUGUGCCAAAAUCACCUUCACAUUGCCUGUAGUCCAAAUCAAAUCUAAUGUUAUUGGUCCCAUACACACGUUUAGCCGAUGUUAUCGCGUGUGUAGCAAAAGGCUUGUGUUCCUAGCUCCAACAGUGCAGUACCAUCCAACCAGGUCAGGAGUGUCUGUCCGUCUGUGGCUGUCUGUCUGUCUGUGGCUGUUACCAAGGGCCUUUGACGCUCCUAGCUACUAAUCUCGUGUGACGGACUUUAACAUCAAAUCUAGUGCACGCGAUAUUUAGUUCUGUGUUCUGAGAUUGUGUUCCUACAUUUUGCCACAUGGACCAACUUUACAGGACUAACUCCACUCCUCACGCCCCCUGGCUAAAGACAACGCAGUGAUAACACACUGCUCCCCAACCUUCUCUUACUCCUGAAUGUAACAUCCUCAACUUUUCUAUAGCAAAAAAUUAAUAACACGAUGGUACACAGUGAGACCAAGACAGGCAGUCGGUGUUAGCUGUUAUCGUGUUUUAAGACAAGACAAAGGCCAUAAUGUAGUGACUGUUCGGUGUAUAUCUGAUGUGGAAGUAGUGUUUAAUAAACAUACUGUAGGUCAUGUUUGACUUUAAAAAGA